GCACGACGUUAGGAGUUCCCCUGCUCUCACGGUGAAAACGCCCCUCCAUCGUCCUCCCACAGCCCUGGUGACUGCUAGCCGCCCCUGCCGGCUCGCGCCCCGCUCUUGUCUCCGCCUGCAGCGCUCCAUCUCCCGCGGCACAGAGAAAGGCGCGCCGGGGCGCAGCAGUGUGGCGGUCCUCUGCUUCCGUCCAAUGACCCAGAAUCCGGAUCGAGGCUUGACAUCCGGACCUGACAGGGCAGGAGUUUAAACCAUUUCUAUGACAACGGAGAAGGCGUUGGCUGGGGAAAUGAAUACAGCAAUGGAGUGCGAUUCUAGGAGGUCCAAUCAGAUUCCAGAAGAUCAGGGAGAUUUGGAUGAUAGCUCUGAGAAGACUCCCAGCAAAGCCUCCAGAUCCCCUCAGAAAACUACCAAAAGGCUCAAAACUGUCCCUGUUAAAGUGACUCUACUGGAUGGCUCGGAUUAUGAGACUGCUGUCGAGAAAUUCACCAAGGGCCAGACCCUGCUGGACAUGGUUUGCGGUCAUCUGAAUCUGCUGGAGAGAGACUACUUUGGCUUGAGUUUCGUGGACACAGAUAACUCUAAGAAUUGGUUGGAUCCCUCCAAAGAGCUAAAGAAGCAGAUUCGAGUUGGUGCCUGGAUUUUUGGCUUUGCUGUCAAGUUCUACCCUCCAGACCCAUCUGUGCUGAUUGAAGACAUCACAAGGUAUUACUUGUGCCUGCAGCUGAGAGAUGACAUCUUGUCUGGCCGCCUCCCCUGCUCAUUUGUCACACAUGCUCUUCUGGGCUCCUACACUGUCCAGGCCGAGCUGGGAGACUUCGACCCCGAGGAACACGGCCCAGACUAUGUCAGUGAGUUCCAUUUCGCCCCAAACCAGACACGAGAGCUGGAAGAGAGAGUGAUGGAGCUGCACCAUAACUACAGAGGGAUGAGUCCAGCAGAAGCAGAGAUGAACUUUCUUGAAAAUGCCAAAAAGCUGUCAAUGUAUGGCGUGGACCUGCAUCACGCUAAGGACUCAGAGGGGAUCGACAUCAUGCUCGGUGUGAGCGCAAACGGGCUGCUCAUCUAUCGAGACCGCCUCCGGAUUAAUCGCUUUGCUUGGCCCAAAAUUCUCAAGAUCUCCUACAAAAGAAGCAACUUUUACAUCAAAAUCCGCCCUGGUGAGUACGAACAGUUUGAGAGCACCAUAGGCUUCAAGCUGCCCAAUCAUCGGGCCUCAAAGCGACUGUGGAAGGUCUGCAUAGAACACCACACCUUCUUCAGGUUGGUUUCCCCAGAGCCUCCUCCCAAGGGCUUCCUUGUGAUUGGCUCCAAGUUCCGCUACAGUGGGCGGACCCAAGCCCAGACCAGACAGGCAAGCGCUUUGAUUGACAGGCCUGCACCACUGUUUGAUAGGUCCAUUAGCAAGCGGUACCUGCUGCCUCGGAGCAUAGAUGGAGCCUCAGCUCUAGGGGACAGUAUGGACCAGCUGUCCCAAAAAAGCUCCAGCGAGCGCACUCAGUUUAUGUCUAGAGAAGACCUGGAUCAGGAGGGCAGUCUCGACCUGGACCACGAUCAGUAUCAGGACCAGGACCAGUAUGCAGAUCAGGAGGUGGAACAUCCUGACCGGAAGCAGACACUGGGUGCCUGCAGGUCAAUGCCUUCCAAGACGCUGGAGCUCAAGGAUGAGGAGCCAGGCUCGCCUGUAGAUUCAAUGCCAGAGGAUGUGGUUCACCUUCGGCCCAAACAGGAGCAGUUCUUGGAUAAACCAGAGGAUGUUUUACAAAAGCACCAGGCCAGCAUCAACGAGCUGAAGCGGGCUUUGAAACAGCCAAACAGUAAGAUGGCUCAGAGGGAGAAACGCAUCGCCUCAGCCACUCCUCCCACAGAAACGCCAGAAUGGAAAUCAGCAACCAAUGAUGCCAAAUUGACAGAGAAGGAGGAUGCUUAUGAGCGAACGCUGGAAUCUUACUCUAAAGCAGAAAAGAGUGAAACCUCCUCAGGUGGUACUGAGACGUUAGCAGCAUCAUCUCAGACUGGUGCAAUUAGGAGUAAUUGCCAAACAUCCAGGGAAUCUUCAACAGCCAAACGAGGAGCAUCCAUAAUUGCAGUAGAUGGAUGGAAGGGAAGGAACAUGAUGAAUGAUGCGGCCAAUGGGCAUCAUGAGCACAUAGUGGAAAGGAAUGAAUUUCAUGAAAAUGGGUACGGCUCUCCACCUGACAACCUGAUGAGUAAAAUGAAUGCAGACAAGAAGUAUUUUCAGUUCGAGCAUCGAGAGAGGCCGAAGAACUUUGAAUCUCCUGUGGCUUUGGACUUUCUUCCUAAGGGUGACAGAGCCAGAGGUGUGAGUGGCGUGAGUCAUUGUGGCGGCUGGAAAAAAAAUGACUUAAGCCCCAUGGGAGAGAAGAACUGCAACAAACCUCUCAACUCACACUCUGAAGUCGCCAAAAAAGCUCCCCUCAAACCACAGAGAUCAAAGAAAUCUUUGAAAAAAGAGAACAAAGAUAUGAACCCUCAAAUUCAAAGCCAGUCUGACAGAACCGCCUUUGGUGCAGCCGGGGACGUAUGGAUGGCAAAAGCAUACGAGUCGGAGAGGAGACCUGGUGAAAACACUCUACUCCAGUCUUUAAUGUUGUAUCAGCAGCAAGUUCACCAGCAGAUCAAGAAUGACUUGUUUGGUCAACAGGAGCUCAGGGAUUCAAUAGAUCAGGUCCAUCAAACACAAAUCAGUGCUCUUCAUGAAGAUGCAUUUCAGAACACCUCAGAGUUUAGCCCAAGAUUCCCAGCAGCUCCCCCCUGCAGCCUCCCACUUAAAACACAGUGGUCCCGAGACUGGCCGAACAACAUGGACCUGAGCCACAUCCACUACAGGACCCCCGGCCAGGAAACCAACAAGAGGAAGCAAGCGGAAACUCCCCCCACACCUGCGAUCCAUGAGGAGCCCUUUAGCGAUGCCUCAAGGGAACCACGGGAGAGGCGUCUGGGCUCUGUAUCUGAGGAUGACCAGGACCAUGACAUCUUGUACCUGAAGGAAACCCACCUGGGCAUCGAGCGUAAAUGUUCCAGCAUCACUGUUAGUUCUACUUCUAGCCUGGAAGCCGAAGUAGACUUUACCGUCUUGACAGACCUGCAAACGGGCAUGGAGGAAUUUUCUAGGGGAAUGUCAGAGUUGGGAGAUAGGGAUCUCUCCCCUGAUAGGGGGCUGUGCAUGGGCAUCGACCUGCUCCAACAUCAAGGGCCUCCUGAAGUGCCUCCUCCCUUGGCUCCAGCUCCAAUGCCCAGAGGAGUCAGCAGUAGCAGCCCUCCAGCCAAACCUGUCCAACCUGAAGAGGUCCGACCAGAAGUCAAAAGGCCCGAUGGUCAGCCUGUUGUUCCCAAAAAACCAAAGAGAUCAGUGCCAGUGUCUUCGUCGGUGGACAGAGAUCAGUCGCACAAAGAGGCCAGUCGUGUCUCCACCAUCACUCCCCUAAGCAGGGAGGCCAGUGACAUCAUACCCACUCCAAUGGUCAGGAAAACUGAUGUCAGAACAGAAACUCAACCCAAUGGGUCAGAACUCACCACUACCAUUGUAGAGUUCACAGACCAGGAUCAUGGUAUCACUGGCCUGAGUGAGGUUUCUUACUCUACAAGACAGAGUGUAUCACCAGUACACAAGGGCAGUCUUGGAAGAGAGACAUCAGGCUCGCCUAUUCUUGUAACCGAAAAUGUUACUUCAGCCACUACUCAUGUCUCAAAGACGGUGAAAGGAGGAUACUCAGAGACGAGGAUCGAGAAGCGGAUUAUAAUCACAGGAGAUGAUGAUGUAGAUCAGGAGCAGGCUCUGGCCAUUGCAAUACAGGAAGCUAAGCAGCAGCAUCCAGACAUGCAGGUGACCAAGGCGGUAGUUAUUAGGGAAACCGAGUCAUCUACUGAAGACCGACAUGGCACAUCAUAGUCUCUGCAUACUGAGACAUUAGUGCCCCCAUGUGGACCAGAAGGAUCAGUACCUGGAUUUGCCACCCACCAUCCCUGAUGAAAGGACUGCCAUCAGUGGUCUGAAUGAGCCUAAUGAACAAUUAAAUGGUGAAACAAACCACAUUUUCAACCAUUAAUGUGUUUUUUAUUUUUAUUUUUUGUAAACAUUUUUGCUCAAUAGAGUGGUUCACAGUUCAAAGCUCUAAUAUAAAGAGCUACAAAAAUCUCAAAGCUUCUGAAACAUACAUUCACAUAAUUUAUUUUACUAAUCCUCUGAGGUCUAAGGUGUUUAGAUAUGAUAUGCACUAAUUCACUGUUUAAUAAUGCAAGGUUUUAUGAUGGAAACCAUUCAACGCAGUAGAUGUCCACAGGGAAAUUAGGAAAUAUGAGUGACUGUUGAAGUGUGGGGAGAAAAAAGAAUCCUGCUGGACAAACUUGCUGUCUGUUUCUACAUUUUGUUGUUACUGGUAGCUCUAUAUGGUUCCAAUCAAACACAAGGAUUUCCAUUUUCAGUAAAAAGAUCAGAUGUCCUUUGUUUGACCCAAACUAAUUAAUCAAUUCAGAUGCACUGAUGAAAUUCUCGUCCUUUGACGGUAUUUAUUCACAUCCCUUUGUCCUUCUUGUAUUUUCUUCCAUUCGACGUGUUUCACCUUGAUGAGUGGGUGGCAAGUAUGCAAGGAUAAACACGAGGAGCUGUUGACACACAGCAUUCCUUGUGCAUUGGUUCAGCGUAUUUGUUUUCUGAGCAUGACAGUGUUUCAGAGCGAGCCCGGUUUCUCUCCUCUCCCUGCCUUUUAGAUAUGCUGGAUGUAAUGCCAUUUGGGCAAAUGUCGUGUAGUAAAUGCAUAGAGUAGGCUCACAAACCAGCUGCAUCAAUACAAGUGGUACUUGAGAUAUGUUUGCAUGAUCAUCCCUUGCAUUAUUGGGUAGUCAGGAGGCAAAUGGAUGUUGACUCAGGAGGAUGAUCAUGACGUUAAAAAGUGACAUAAAGAUUUAAACUCAAAAUGUUUAACAAUCUGGCUUCGAAUCAUGCAUCAGUGACUAAUAUCAGCUCUAAGAACUUUAAUUUGUUACAACCCUUUAAAAAUUAUUUAAUUUUUGAGCCACUGGUGCUGUACAGUUUUAUCUGAACAUAUCAGCUCCUUUCUUUUUUUAAACUUUUGCACUAAAGGAACAAUAAACUGGUCUUAUUUGUUGUAUUUAUUCAUUUAUUUAUAAUUUGUAUGGUUGACUCACACCCAGUCUACCCUUCUUCCAAGCCACUUUGCUGAUAUGGUCUUAUGCAUCAGUACUAUUCCGACGUAUCAUGUAAAGUACAUUGUUUUAAAAAGAAAACCAUGUAGGUCAAACGCCUCUGAAGUCGUAGCUGUGUGGGAUUUAGUAUGAUUGUUAGAACAAUGCCACAUACAUGUGACGUGCCAAUUACGAUAGCAGUGAAAUUGUACAAAAUCUGGUUUUGUAUGAAAAAAAAGGAACAACUUUUUUUAUGAACAACUACUUUUACUUAUAAACGUGCCAGAGAGUCAAAUGCAUAAACUUGACAUGACAAGGUUUCCCUUUAAUUAUGCUGUCAUUAAUUGUUUAAAAAGAAUAAAUUGCAGUUUCGUUCAUAUUUUGUACUGAAAUUAAUUUUUGCAGCAUGAAUCGGCAAGUUCAAUUGACUGAAAAAAGAAAAACAGUAUGGAAAGUCAUGUCAGGUUUAUGAAGGUGUAAAUUUGACUUUCAGACACUAAACUUUACAGUCAGUGUUCACAUGUGCAGUGUAACCUCUGUUGUGUUUCAGGUUUUGGUUCCAACAUUUUUUGAAGUGAUCAUGACGUGUCAAACUGGGGCGGUUGCAUAACUGUGUACUGUUCAUUUGGUGACGUUAGGUGGAUUGUAAAGAUGUGAAGUAGUUUGAGGCCAUGGGCACGAUGUAUACACUAGGGGGCACCAGUUACCUAAAAGAAUUGAGCUUUGCAACGUCAUCAAGCACAAUCAGCUGAAGUCCUUCUCAUCACACCUCAUUGGAACUUAUCCAAAUCUUCCUCGGAUCAACCUGGAGGGACGCUUGGCGAAGUGUGGCAGGAUGAGCUGUGGUUGAUCCAUAAACAAUCUCCACUUCCACUUCAUCUCCUCUGCUCUGAUGCUCUCCAUUGCUUGGUGCUGUGUCUUUGCUGUACAUUGUAAUUAAAUUCCUUAAAAAAAAUAAAGAUGAGGAAAAUGGACAAGACAAAAA